AUUAAAAGCAAAAGGUACAGAACUGUAUUAUGAAAAUUGUUUUUAUGGGACAUUAUGAUGUUACUUCCUCAUUACUGUGUGUUUUGGGGGGAUAAAUCUCUACUGUUCAUUUUUGAGAAAUUAGAAAAUAUGUAAGAAAGCAUUUAAUGAUUUGCUUUCCUAGAGGCUUAUGUCCUGAUAACAAGUCGGACUCCAGUGGAGUCAUUGUAAUUGCUGUUGCAUGAAAUUACUUUUCUCUUCAUAUUGUUUACAGAUGUAUUCUUUCUUGAAUUUUCUUCUUUCAGAGAAGAGUUCCAGUCACAAAUGCAUGUGUGAUGCAUUUUGACAUUUACUGCUAAGAUGAAAUGCAGGAAUGAAAACCACACAUCCGUUUUAGUGUUCUCAGAUGUGAUUAGAUAUACUUUAUCAUAUUUUUAUGCUACUGACCUAUAAGGAAAACAAUAUUAAGAAAGGGUAACUGUUAAACGGCUAGGACCUACAGCCUCAGUACUUCUGGGAUGAACUAGACUAUCACAAGGAGAGAUUGGAUUACGGCAUAUGCGCAGCUCAGCGGAGCCCUCAGCCUAGACUCCCACGCAUCUCCUUUGUCAGCAGUUGUCACCGAAGCUUUAUCUCCUACAAUGGCGGACCAGCUUCCCACAGAGUUUGAUGUGGUCAUAAUAGGGACGGGUCUGCCUGAAUCCAUCCUUGCAGCUGCGUGUUCAAGAAGUGGCCAGAGGGUUCUGCAUCUUGAUUCCAGAAGCUACUAUGGAGGAAACUGGGCAAGUUUCAGCUUUUCGGGAUUGCUGUCCUGGUUGAAGGAGUAUCAGCAAAACAGUGACAUUGUGGAAGAAAGUACUGCCUCAUGGCAAGGCCUGAUCCAUGAAACAGAAGAAGCUGUCACUCUCCGCAAGAAGGACGAAACCAUCCAACACACAGAAGUGUUUUGUUAUGCCAGUGAGGAUGUGGAUGACGGUGUUGAAGAGAUCGAGGCUCUGCAGAAAAGUCCUUCCUCAGCAACAUCCAGCGCCACCCCUAACCCUCUGCAUUCUGCAUGCUUGUCUGAAGAAACACACUCAUUACAUGCUGCCAGCUAUGAAACGCCCACCAAAGACACUCCAAAAAGUGAUGGAGAAGUUUCACUGGAAGUAACUGAUGCCGAGGACACCUUGGCAAAGGAAGAGUACUGUGGAGAUGAAACCCGUAUACCUGCAGUUUCAGAUGGAGAUGAAGAUGGAAAGAAACCUGUAGAGAAAGACAGCACUGACCAACCAAAGAGAAAGAAGAUCACUUACUCUCAAAUAGUUAAAGAAAGCAGGAGGUUUAAUAUUGAUUUGGUAUCAAAGCUGCUGUAUUCUCAAGGAUUGCUAAUUGAUCUCUUAAUCAAAUCAAAUGUUAGUCGUUAUGCAGAAUUUAAAAACGUCACUAGGAUUCUUGCGUUCCGUGAAGGAAAAGUAGAACAGGUGCCUUGUUCCAGAGCAGAUGUCUUUAAUAGCAAAGAACUCACUAUGGUUGAAAAGAGGAUACUGAUGAAAUUUCUUACGUUUUGUUUAGACUAUGAACAACAUCCUGAUCAAUACCAAGCUUUUGUGCAAUGCUCGUUUUCAGAGUACUUACAAACUAAAAAAUUAACCCCCAACCUCCAACAUUUUGUGCUGCAUUCGAUUGCAAUGACCGAAUCAUCUUGCAGUACAAUAGAUGGCCUUAAAGCAACGAAAAACUUCCUUCGCUGUCUUGGACGGUUUGGCAACACCCCCUUUUUAUUUCCCUUGUAUGGGCAAGGAGAAAUUCCCCAGUGUUUCUGCAGGAUGUGUGCAGUUUUUGGUGGGAUCUAUUGUCUUCGUCACAAAGUUCAAUGCCUAGUAGUUGACAAAGAUUCUGGAAAAUGUAAAGCAAUUAUAGAUCACUUAGGUCAAAGAAUAAAUGCUAAAUACUUUAUUGUGGAGGACAGUUACCUUUCUGAGGAAACAUGCUCAAAUGUGCAGUAUAAGCAGAUCUCCAGGGCAGUGCUCAUUACAGAUCAGUCUAUACUAAAGGCAGAUUCAGAUCAGCAGAUUUCCAUUUUGGUAGUGCCUCCAGUGGAAUCAGGAGCAGGUGCUGUUCGUGUCACCGAAUUAUGUUCUUCGACCAUGACGUGCAUGAAAGACACCUAUCUGGUACAUCUGACCUGUUCAUCUUCUAAAACAGCAAGAGAAGACUUAGAGUCAGUAGUGAAGAAAUUAUUCACCCCAUACAAUGAAACAGAAGUAGACCAGGAAGAAUGUACAAAGCCAAGACUCUUGUGGGCUCUUUAUUUCAAUAUGAGAGACUCCUCGGGCAUCAGCAGAAGCUCAUAUGAGGGCUUAGCUUCCAAUGUUUACGUCUGCUCUGGGCCUGACUGCGCACUGGGAAAUGAGCAUGCAGUCAAGCAAGCUGAAACGCUUUUCCAGGAGAUGUUUCCCAAUGAAGAAUUCUGCCCCCCGCCUCCAAAUCCGGAAGAUAUUAUCUUUGAUGGUGAUGAUAAGCAACCAGAGGCUCCUGGAACCAAUACUAUAAUCAUGGCCAAAGUAGACUCCUCUGAGGGAAGUAAAAACCUAGAAAGCCCAGAGAAGCACCUUCAAAACUAGAAAAGAGCAAACUGGAAAUGCUACAUUGGACAUUCAUCCUGGCAUCAGAAUAGUUUCACUUAAAGGACUCUUUCGUAUAUGAUUAAUUAGAACGGGUUAUAUGAUGAUAUAUGCAGAUGUGUUUUAAAAUUCUGUUUGAGACAUUCAGUUAUUGGAUGUUGUGAUCCUAUCAGUCACUGAUUGAUGAUUGGACAAAGUUAGUUUUAUUUUAGUAUUGGGUGUAUUAGUGAGGGUUCCAUAUUAGCAACUGUGCUUAAAGGGACGUAAUAUGUAUCUGCUAAUGACCUUCAGACUUUAUUAGUCUAUAAUAACAAUAAUAUGGAAGGAAUAUUUUAGUUACUUUUAUAAUUAUUUUAGUUGCUCCUGCCUCUGAGUAGUUAAACACACAAAUUAUGUGGGUCUUUUGUAUAUAAUAUAAAUGUACAGACAUGCUAGUAGCAAUAGCAACUUCCAUGCAAGUGCCAAGUGUUAAAAGAUAAAUUUGCAUGAUCCUUUACUUGUGAAGGUCUAGUGUUUACAACACAUUGUGCAGUUCAGUUCCCCUACUUAGCCCUUGUAACCAGCAAGGCAGUGCCGCCACCACAAUCUUCUGUAUUACAGAAAGUGGUGGACAGUCCGUCUGAUCAUCGAAGAGGUCAUUCUUGGGAAGUUUGUCCCAAAGGAAAUCUCGGGAUCAGGUUAGUUCUGGUUUACUACUACUUCAGACAAUUUCUGCAGAGCCCUGUGCUGGGCUAAAAGAAAAGAACUUCCAACAACUAACUUGGGCCAAAAGAAAAAAUAUGUAUAUACAUUGCUCCAGGAAAAGGUACCACAGAUUGGCGGUUUUGAAAUUCCUAAGAGGAGAUGGAGUGAGGCAUUUGUAACUUGGGAUGCCGGUGGUUUUCAAAGCCG